CUAAGCUCCAGACUCCACCUGCGCUCUGUAGAGCAACCCGCCUGAUCCUUUCAGCGCUCUCAACUCUCAAUACUAUCUAACAACUUCAGACCUACAUCUCUCUCUAUUGAGAUUGUCGCCGGACUGUAUAAAGGAGAUCCGGGGUUUUCUUUAAGGAUGCAUUCGGUUAUCUGCCUUUUCGGUGCCUUCAUAGCAGCCGCUGUGUUUGUUCCAGGGAGCUGCCUGUCGACGGUUAUAGGUCUGUACGGUGAGACCAUCGAAGUGCCAUGCAACAAUGGAAAUAACAAGCCAGAUGGCCUUAUUUUCACCAAAUGGAAAUAUGUGAAAGAUGACGGCUCCCCUGGCGAUCUACUUGUAAAGCAGGCACAGAAAGAUGAUGCGACUGUGUCUGCCAUAGACGGCUACAAAACUAGAGUUAGCAUCGCCGCUAAUUCCAGCUUACUGAUUGCCCAGGGAUCUUUGACUGACCAGAGAGUUUUCACCUGCAUGGUGGUGUCUUCAACUAAUCUGGAGGAAUUCUCUGUGGAAGUGAAAGUUCACAAAAAACCAUCAGCCCCUGUAAUCAAAAACAAAGCGAAAGAACUGGAAAAUGACAAACUGACGCAGUUGGGGGAAUGUGUGGUGGAGAGCGCCAAUCCAGCAGCAGAUCUCAUCUGGAUGAAGAACAACCAGGCUCUGGUGGAUGAUGGCAAGACGAUCAUUAUCACAUCUGCUGUCACCAAGGACCCAGUCACAGGUCUGUCCAGCACCUCUUCCAGACUGCAGUACACAGCCAGGAAAGAGGAUGUGGCAUCACAGUUCACCUGCGUAGCAAAGCACGUGAUGGGACCCAACCAGGUUUCAACACCCGAUACCUUCCAAAUUCACUAUCCCACUGAGAAGGUGAGUCUACAGGUUGUCUCUCAGAGCCCCAUUAGGGAAGGUGAUGAUGUGACACUGAAAUGCCAGGCGGACGGAAACCCUCCUCCUACCAGCUUCAACUUUAACAUUAAGGGAAAGAAGGUCACAGUGACGGACAAGGAUGUCUACACAUUGACUGGUGUCACCCGAGCCGACAGCGGCGUGUACAAGUGCUCUCUGCUUGACAAUGAUGUGAUUGAGUCCACUCAGAUCGUCACAGUGAGCUUUCUGGAUGUAAGUCUCACUCCUACAGGCAAGGUGUUAAAAAAGCUCGGGGAAAACUUGGUAGUGUCUUUGGAGAAGAAUGCCUCUUCUGAAGUAAAAGUGACGUGGACUAAGGAUAACCGUAAACUGGACAAACUGCCUGAUUUCUCCCAGUUGAGAUACAGCGACGCGGGCUUAUACGUGUGUGACGUGUCCAUUGAAGGAAUCAAACACAGUUUUUCCUUCGAGCUUACUGUGGAAGGUGGUCCAAGAAUUACCGGCCUGACAAAGCAUCGCAGCAAUGAUGGAAAACAUAAAGUGUUGACGUGCGAGGCAGAAGGUUCACCUAAACCUGAAGUGCAGUGGAGUGUCAACGGAACCGACGAUGAAACGUCGUAUAUCAACGGAAAAGCCACAUACAAAUUGACGGUCGUCCCGAGUAAGAACCUCACCGUCAGCUGCCUCGUGACCAAUAAACUCGGCUUCGACACAAAGGACAUCAGCGUGUUUUCCCUAUUUGAGGAGGACAAGCCCAGACCAGGAAAAAACGAAGAUGGCGCGGAGCAGGCCAAAGUGAUUGUGGGUGUCGUGGUUGGACUGUUUCUAGCUGCUGCCCUGGUGGGACUCAUCUACUGGUUGUAUAUCAAGAAAACAAGACAAGGCAGCUGGAAGACUGGAGAGAAGGAGGCAGGCACUUCAGAGGAGAGUAAGAAACUGGAGGAGAACAAUCAUAAAGCAGAUGUCUAAGAGUGGAGUGAGCCGUCAAAAGGAACGAAAAAGGUUUGAACCAGGAAAGAGGCCUUGUCACACUGAAUGUGCAGUACUACACACUUCGAUCAUCUUAUUCCAGACAUCUGAUUGGACGGCGACGCCUCCUUCUGGCUGCUCGUGCGCAUCACGCAUCGCAGAAUGUUUCCAAAAUAUUUCCUACUGCAAACAAACAAUUUCCUAAAAAAGAAAAAAAGAAAAGAAAAAAAAGAAAGAAAGAAAUCCCGCCACCACGAUAAAACCACUUGUGUUGUAAAUUUAGUCUGCACUGAGGACUGCUUUUUAUUUUUGAUCGAUUCCGAUGUUUUCUUUUUGUGUUCCCCGUGAAUGUUCUUCGUUUCAUACGCAUUGCUGAUGUGGUGGGCACAGCCGUUUUGUUUCCCUUCUAGUAUAAAAAAAGAAAAUGUAAAUUCGCUGUACACUUUUUAGGCCUGUGUAAAUAAGUCAGGGGAGUGCAUUCACUCUGCUUAACGUUGGGAUUAUUAUUAUUUAAAAAAAAGAAUACGGACUGUGGGACUACAUAUCGAAACUGCACAGUCCCUUCGGAAAAAACAAACACCCAAGAACGCAGUCGGAUGCUGGAAGAACGAUGACUUCACUGCUGUUACACCUCUGUUCGCUCAUCUUUUAUUUAUUGAUACCUCUUCAUGUUAUUUCCUCUAGUUCGAAAGUGGCUAAGUAGUGAAACGGGUUUAGACAAUUAGCAUAGCAUAGGGAAUCAUCCUGCUACACCCAGUGGCCUUCAGGUUGCACUGCAUGAUGUCAUAGAUGUAGGAGUUCAGCAGAAUCCAACGUAGCGACUUAGACGUGACUUGCAUUUAAUAGAAGCAAACAUCCCGCUCUCGGUUUCAGACUGGGUGCUAGCAACCUUGCAUGCAGAGCCUUUAUUUUUGUGGGUAGGAAGUAAACUAUUAAAGAAUAGCCCCUUAUUCUGCCUUAACAGAAAGAGUUGGAAAUGAAUCCAAGUAUGUUAAUGUGAAACCUCACUGUAUAGCCUUUUCGGUUUUGCACUUCCCUCAGACUACAUUUGAUUUUCUGUAUUUAAAGCAUUUGUCAGGUUGAUGUCCUACACUGUAGUCUUUAGGGAUGGUCUGAAGCAAUUGUUUUUUGUUCACUGUGGUCUGAAGAAGCUGUAAAUAUGUUUGACUUGUGUUCGGCUAUUUAUAAAAGUGUGAGAAGGAUAGCUGUGCUUCUGCUUAGUCACUAAAGAGACCCCUUUUAUUUCUAAUGUAAUCAUCACGGAUGUUUCGAAGAAAUCCAGCGCUCACUUUUUUGUUUUGCUCCACAAAGCGAGUGUUUUGAAUGUUCACGCAUAUUUUGAACCAUCAGGUCAGCAGUGAAACCAAAGAGGGUAACCGCAAAAGAAGGCCAUAAAGUAUUGUAAAUACUGACUUUUGUUUUUGUACUUUUGUUGACAAUAAAAGUGUAAAUUUUAAUUAAA